AUGAAUUACAAAGUGAGUAGUUCAUAUCCAGAUUCAAUUCCUUCCGCGGAGCAACCAUACGUAGCAAGUCAAUAUAAACAGGAUUUGCAGAGUAAUAUUUCAAUGGCGACGAAUAAUGCUCAGCAGCGACAACAGCAGCAGCAGCAGUGGAUAAAGCAGCCAGCGGUAGAGAAUCCCGAUAUGAAAGAAAAAAUAAAUUGCAAGAAAGCUCUUAAUGAGUACAUACUUGACUUUCUGACAAAAUCAUCUUUGAAAAGUACAGCAGCUGCCUUUGCUCAAGAUGCGCAGCUAGAUAGAGACAUUGACCACGAACCAGAGGAUGGGCCCACUUCUAAGGAAAAUACUGGUAGUCAGAGUCCGCUGACUAAAGUAGUAGAUACACCUCAAGGUUUUUUGUAUGAAUGGUGGCAAAUAUUUUGGGAUAUCUUCAACACCAGUUCUUCCAGAGGCGGCUCGGAAUUCGCCCAGCAAUAUUACCAACUUGUUCUGCAGGAGCAAAGGCAAGAACAAAUAUAUAGGAGCUUGGCUGUUCAUGCGGCAAGACUACAACACGAUGCAGAACGAAGAGGAGAAUACACAAACGAGGACAUAGAUCCCAUGCACCUGGCUGCCAUGAUGCUAGGAAAUCCCAUGCCUAGUCCGGUUCCAAUGCAAAAUGUUAACAUGAACCCGAUACCGAUUCAGAUGGUUGGUAAUCCUAUGGUUAAUAACUUUUCCAUUCCACCAUACAAUAAUGCAAACCCCACGACCGGAGCAGCAACAGUGCCUACCACAGCGCCGCCUUCCGGCGAUUUUACGAAUGUAGCGCCAACCCAGAAUCGAAGUCAAAACGUUACUGGCUGGCCAGUCUAUAACUAUCCAAUGCAACCCACUGCCGAAAAUCUAGUGGGAAACCCGUGUAACAGUAAUACAACAAACAAUACAAUUAAUAAUAAAUCUCCAGUGAACCAACCUAAAAAUCUAAAAACCAUGCAUUCAACUGAUAAACCAAAUAAUGUGGUGACUUCAAAAUCUAUAAGAAGUAGGUCUGCAACCUCUAAAGCUAAGGGCAAAGCAACUAUUGGUCCAGCGAGUAAGAAACGGAAAAAAAACAAUACAGCAACAACUUCUGCUGGAUCAACGAACGCUGGAUCUCCGAAUAUAACCACUCCUGGCUCCACAACAAGUGAGCCUGCUAUGGUGAACUCGAGACUGAAUAAGACACCAAGGUGCGAUAUUGCUACGAACUACCGUAAUCAAGCAAUAAUAUAUGGAGAGGAAGAUAUUUAUUCCAAUGUCAAGUCCAGUCCUUCAUUGGAUGCAGCUUCUCCUUCCACCGCAAUCACUAAACAGCCCACAAAGAUAAGGAAAAACACCAAGAAAGCAUUGACGUCAGCUUUUCCUGUAGAGUCAGCAAAUAAAAGCAGCAGUGGCAGCGGAGUGGUAGGUAAGAAGCGCGGUUCUCUAAAUACUAGAGUCUCAAGGAGAAAAUCUACCCCGUCCGUUAUUUUGAAUGUAGAUUCCACUAAAGAUGAAAAUAAUAUGCUAAGAACGUUAUCGAAUACUACCACCCCGAAUAUGCAUUCAGCUCCACCUCCCAAAACUAUCAACCCUUUACCCUUCUCUGCUAUAAACUUGGGAAGUUUUAACAAACCAGCUGUAUCCAGUCCAUUAUCCUCGGUGACUGAGAGUUGUUUUGAUCCAGAAAGUGCUAAAAUUGUGACAAAGGGUGGACCCAAACGAGCAGUAAACUCGAAAGUGACAGCAUCAUCUCCCUUAAACAUAGCAACACCACCUUCUGGUGACACUCAGAAACAAAAAAAUCCCAAGGUCGCAGGAAAUGUGAUCAUUAAGCCGCCACACGGGUUCUCGACCACAAAUUUAAACAUCACAUUAAAGAGCUCUAAAAUUAUAACAUCACAGAAUAAUACGGUAUCGCAAGAAUUACCGCCAGGAGGACAUCCGCCAGAAGUACACGCAGGUAAUGAUUUAAGAUCUAACAAAGGCAUACGUAACGCAUUAUCUACUCCAGAGGAAACUAAACCACCGAGUAGUACCAACCAAACAUACGAUUUUGAAGUCUCAAAAAAUUCAAAUUCUUUACCCUUUCCUAAUCAAGCUUACCCCUCCAAUAAUAGAACGCCGAACGAAAAUUUAAACGUUGAUGAUGAAAAUUCUGCAUCUAUAAAUAACGGUGAUGGCGAUAGCGCGUUGGUUCAGCCUGUAUCCAAUGUUGAGACAGCGUUGGAUCCUCAGCGAACCAGUACUGGUGAACAUCAGAAUCCACAGUCUCAGAGCAUGAAGUUUGGAAAUAUUGGAGUGAUUGAAGAUCAAGGACCGGAUUAUGAUCUUAAUUUACUAGAUACGAAUGAAAAUGACUUCAAUUUUAUCAAUUGGGAGGGUUGA